AUGGACAGAAAAUCACUGGAGAUUCCAAAGAAUUUGCCUCUUGCAGACCUGGACUUCCAUAAACCUGCACCAAUUCAAGGUUUAUUGGGAUCCAGCACCUCCAUCUCCAUCCUCAGUAUAGGACAGAUCCAGCUCUCCAAUGCAGCAGACGUCCAUCUCCAGAAGACAUUAUUUGGUUGGAUUGUCUGUGGGAGCAUGAGUGACGAGUCCGAUCACCAUCAAGGGAAAUGUCACUUCACUGACAUCAUCGAUGAAUUUAAAAAAUUCUGGGAAAUCGAAGACAUCGGUCUCAUAGAAAGCCGACAAUCAGAAGCAGAAGCAGCCUGCCAGGCUCAUUUCACGCAACAUGUGUCACGCAAGCCAGAAGGGCGAUAUGUAGUGGCACUGCCUUUCAACGAGAAGAAGGAUCAACUUGGUACUUCAUAUCUCCAGGCGAAACGUCGCCUGCUCUCACUGGAACGGAAAUUCAAGUGGAAUCCCAAGCUAGCAGAAGACUACACCAAAGUGAUCAAUGAGUACAUGGAUCUUGGCCACAUGAAGAGGAUUGAAGCAGAAGUUGAAGAUGGCUUCUACCUUCCUCACCACGCAGUCUUCAAAGAGACCAGUCUCACCACCAAAACCAGAGUUGUAUUCGAUGGUUCAGCACGCUCUAGCUCUGGAGUCUCGCUCAACGAAGCCCUGAUGGUUGGCCCAACCAUCCAGGACGAUAUUCUUUCUCUAGUGCUGAGAUUCAGACUCCAUAAUUACAUUUUUACUGGAGACAUCGAAAAAAUGUAUCGCCAGGUGCUGAUCAGACCAGAGGAUACAAAAUAUCAACGAAUACUUUGGCGAGAACAUGGGAAUAUCAAUACGUAUGAGUUACAAACUGUCACGUUUGGACUCUCCUCUGCUCCAUUCCUUGCAGUCAGAUGCCUACACCAGUUGGCUGACGACGAGUACGAGAAAUAUCCACUGGCAGCUUCACGACUCAAACAAGAUCUAUACGUUGAUGAUCUCCUCACUGGGACAUCAACACUUGAAGAAGCCCUACUUCUCCGAAACGAAAUGAUCAGUCUGCUGAAGCCAGGCGGUUUCAAUCUACGACAAUGUACUUCCAAUUCUCCAGAAAUUCUCCAAGGACUCCCCGAAUCGACUGUCAAUCUUCAACUGCUCGGUGGAGAUGAUCCAACGCUCAAAACUCUUGGAAUUCAUUGGGAUUCACAGAAUGACAGUAUUGUGUAUACUGUCAACCCCAUAGCCACCAGAGAUGUCAUCACCAUGAGAACCAUAGCAUCAGACGUCGCUCGCAUCUUCGAUCCUCUUGGUUUACUCAAUCCAGUAGUAACCCAUGCAAAAAUCAUUCAGCAAGAACUGUGGAGGCUUAAAUUGAACUGGGAUGACUCCACACCAACAGAGAUUCACACUAGAUGGAACGAAUUUGCAUCGCAACUUCCUCUUCUCAACGAAAUAAAAUUCAAGCGACAAGUCACAUCAAAUCUACAAGAAAAAUUGGAAGUACAUGGUUUCUGUGACGCAAGUCAAAGUGCCUACGGAGCCUGCAUCUAUCUGAAGACUACUGAAUGCACUGGUAAAGUCCAGGUGCACCUCUAUUGUGCUAAAUCUCGAAUUACACAUCUAAAGGGCAAUCACACCAUCCCUCGCCUGGAACUCUGUGCAAUGGAACUCCUUUCAAACCUGUAUGACACAGUGAAGAAGGCAACAAACAUCACACCGCAACGGAAAGUUUUUUGGUCUGACUCUACUGUCGCUCUUCAUUGGAUUAAAACUUCCCCACAUCUCCUCCAACGAUUCGUGGCCAACAGGGUGGCUCGAAUCCAAGACCUCACCAAGAAUGUCGAGUGGAGAUAUGUACGCACACACGAGAAUCCAGCAGAUGCAGUGUCUAGAGGUGAACUUGCCUCUGACUUCCUGAAGAAUGAACUCUGGCUACAUGGACCCACUUGGCUUCAACAGCCUGAAGAGCAGUGGCCUCAUCUCUUCCUCGAAAAACCCAAGGAAUUACCUGAAUUGAAGAAGGUCAUCUGUCUCCAUAUCACUGAACCAGCAAAAAAAUCCUUUUCUACAUCAAUAUUCGUCAUUCGAAAGGCUCAAGCGAAUCACAGCAAGGUGUUUAAGACGGCAAAAACGAUUUUCCCAUUAUCACCUCACUCUUCAAGAACUCCAAGCAGCAGAGAUCAGGAUUCUCCAACUGGUUCAACAAGAGGGCUUCCACACAGAACUCUCACUACUCCAGCAAGACAAACCCCUUCCAACCAAGAGUCGGUUGAACAACCUCAGUCCACAACUUGA